UAUACAAAAUAUUUAAUAAUUAACCUCUAACUAAAUAUUAUUCAAAAACAAAACCCAUCUUAGGGUCUAACAUACAUAUAUAAAAACACAUACAUUGACAUAAAAAGUUUAAAAUAAAAACCCAACUAAUCCCUAACAGGCAGCCAGAUUCUAUAAUACCAACACCUGUCAACGUCAAAAAAAACCAAAACAAAAUAGAAACAAAUAAAAACUUUUGAAAUUAAAACGAGAAACAAAAUCACAACCAAUUUUAAUUAAAAGUUUUAGUAAACAAUAAUAAAGGCCAUCAAUUUAAAUAACAAAAAAAAAAAAAAAAAAAAACAUAUUUUCCAUAUACAAAUUCAUUUCUGUCUACAUAGUUGAAAAUCUAUAAAAAUAAAAUAAUUAAAAAUUUAUAGAAAAAGUACAACAAAACAAAUAAACCAUAAGCUCUUUUUCCAACUGCAACCACUAUUUGAAAUGGAUUAAACAGCAAAAAAAAAAAAUAAACUAUGUCAGCUUGUUGUUAUUAAAACAACCACAACAACAAUAUAAUAAAACAACAACAUCAUCUAACAAAACUUUUUCUCACUAAAAGUGCCGUGUACGUACAACUCUAUGUCAAUGUGCUUUUACAUUUUUCUCGUAUAUUUUCUACAAAUUUCUGAAUCAAUCCUUUAGGUAAUUUACAUACAUGUUGUGUUGCCUUUUAUACAUUUGCUACAUAUGUUAACAGCAUUCAAAUAAAACUGCCGGUGAAAAAAUUAAGAUCCCCCCAAAAAAGGCGGCAACAACAAAACACACUAAUGGCCUUAAUGAUUUGUUGAAAGAAACUAGAAUGAAAAUAAAAGAGAAACAGCUAGAUACCAAAUUGAUUUCAUUCAUUUCAUGAAAACUUCAGGAAAUAUAAUAUAAACCCCAAAAAUAAACAAAUGGUUUACCAACAAAGCAGAGGCAAAAAUAAAACAGGAAUAUUAACAAACAUAUAGAUAAGAAGAACAUAGAGUAAAAUUUUGGAAACAAAAAAACAAUUGGCGCUUAUAUGGGGCAGAAAAAAAACUAAAGAUUUAGGAGCCAGCUGGAGAAGACAAAAAAAUAUGCUGACGUCAACCCAAAUAAUGAAGACAGAGGAAUAAACAACAAAAAAGACGAAAAACUAAAACUUGAAGUUAAUAAAAAGCAGAAAAUAAAAUCAACUUAGUAAAGAAGAAAACAACAAAAAAGUAUUAUAAAACAGGAUACAUAUAAAACAAAAAAUACAAAUUCGAAAAAAAAGACAAGCAGACGCCUUUAUAAACGACAACAUUGUGGUGUAGGGUUUGAAAGAACAGAAUAAUAAAAUUUCCCAAAGCAAAAAAACUGGUGCGUAAUAUGAGCUUAAAUGACAGUUUAAAAAAUUAAAACUAGAGAUACAAAAAAAAAAAAAAAAAGAAACACGAGAAAGGCAUCAAAUCCUUAGACAAGAACUUCUAAAGUAUUUUUGUUUAUUGCUGCCUUUCAAUAUGAUUGUCAUUUCUAGCAGUCUUUAAAACCCAAAACUGCCUAAAAGGGAUUAGACUUAAGAGAUAUAUGAAAAAGAAAAGAAACUUAAAGUGAUAGUUGCACUUAUUACAUAUUUAAAUUCAUUAUCUUGUCACUAGAUGGCAUUAAUGUUGUUUAACUGGCCUAUAACAAACGAUUUUUUAUGCUUUAAAUUUGAAUUUUCAAAAGGAUUCAACGUAAUUUUUUGACACCCUUAUAUAAACACAAUAGCAAAAUUUACAAAAUUUUAUAAAACUGAAAUUGGAAGAGCUACUAAUUAGAAAUAAACAAAACGAGUUAUCAAGAAACAAAAAUGCCUUGUUUAAGCCGUAAAUCAAUAGUGUUAGUAAUCUGCUAUACAUUGUUGUUAAACUGUGUUCUCAUCCAAGGCGUAGAAGGCUGUCCAGCUGAAGUGUGCAUAUGCAAAUGGAAGGGUGGCAAACAGACCGUAGAAUGCGGUGGUCAAUCUCUGCCCAAUAUACCCGAAGGCAUGGAUCCGGGUACACAAGUAUUAAACUUUAGUGGCAAUUCCCUGCAGGUUUUGCAAAGUGAACGUUUUUUACGCAUGGACUUACUAAACUUACAGAAAAUAUAUCUAUCCCGCAAUCAGUUAAUUAGAAUACACGAAAAGGCUUUUAGGGGUUUAACAAAUCUAGUUGAAUUAGAUUUGUCCGAGAACUCCUUGCAGCACAUACCCUCAGAAACCUUUCAGGACUACAGUUCAUUGAUGAGACUUACUUUGAGUGGUAAUCCUAUAAGAGAACUGAAAACAGCUGCCUUUAGAUAUCUGUCAUUUCUCACCACCUUGGAAUUAAGUAACUGCCAAAUUGAAAGAAUAGAAAAUGAGGCCUUUGUGGGCAUGGAUAAUUUGGAAUGGCUUAGAUUAGAUGGUAAUCGCAUUAGUUAUAUACAAGGUAAUCAUAUACUGCCAAAGUCGCUGCACGGCAUAAGCCUACAAAGUAAUCGCUGGACUUGUGAUUGUCGUUUGUUGGACUUGCACUCUUGGCUUAAUAAUUAUAAUACACCUCAAACAGAAGAACCUAAAUGUGUGGAGCCUCCUCGUCUUAAGGGGCAAGUUAUAAAAUCGUUAAAACGUGAAGAAUUUGCCUGCCUACCAGAAGUUUCACCUCAGUCUACUUACACUGAGGUAUCAGAGGGUCGUAAUCUUACCAUAUCAUGUGUGGUGAGGGCCAUACCAGAACCUAAAGUAUUAUGGCUAUUUAAUGGUCAAGUUAUGUCCAAUGACAGCUUUGUAGAUAACAUGCAUAUGCUGUACUACAUCGAUGAGUCCUCAACUACCUCAGAGGAGAAAAGAAGUGAAAUUUUUAUUUACAAUGUUGGUAUAGAGGACAAUGGUACCUUUUCGUGUGUGGGACAAAAUAUUGCGGGCACCACCUUUAGCAAUUACACCAUAAGGGUCAUGAUCAAGGAACCGCCCGUGGUUAAUGAGGUAUCCUUUCCCCAGAACUAUAUGAACUAUAUAGUGGCAAGUUCUGCCGGUGGUGGUAUUAUUUUUGUACUUAUAUUAGCCUUCAUUAUUAUACAAUGUAAAAAGCGUCAAACUCCAGUUAAACGUAAAAAGUGUCCCUCCUCGGGUGUUACAUCUGUGAAUGGCAAUAACACCUCUUCUUCAGAUGGUUCAUCCAACAAUGACAAUGGCCUUAUGAAGUGUUCUUCCAUUAUAAAUGACAAUGAUAGUUUAAAUGGCAAUUCCGGUCUAAUGCUAGGACAAUGCGAUACCUUAACACCUACUAAACUCACCAAGGAGAAUGGUGUCAUAUUAGGCAAUCAAAUAAAGCAGAAUAUAAUGCUGUACAAUCCUUUAGACAGUUCUACACAAACAUUGCAACUAAGUGUUAAUAUGGCACAAGCCUCAGCUUUAAAUUCGGCUACCCCACCACCACCGCCACAAUCACUAAUGGUUAAUCCCGCCUUAAGCUCUACUCUGGCUUAUUGUUCACCACCCUCGUCACUACGCAACUAUGCGGAAAAGAAUCCAGAUUUAGUUAACGAUGCCGAAUCGGGCUAUAAACAUAAACUAAAAACUUCAUCCUCUCUAGAUGCUGGCGGCUCAGAAUAUGAUAGUCAAAGUGAUUGUCAAAAUCCUGUGCAAUAUGAUCAGUAUUAUCAGCUGUCAGCGCCACAAUUCGGUUCACAAAUCCUAAGGCCUAAUACGGCGGCCGCCAUGGCCUCAUCGAGAUUUGGUGGCAUGACAACAUUACCAAGAGGCAUGCAGCUGAAAACAGUGAUGAAUUCAAUACCCACUCAUCCAGUUGAUGUGCAUUUAAAUCCUGUUUGUUUUUUGGGUCAGGAUGGCUUUGCCUACGAUUACACAAAUGCUCAUCUGCAACAAUCACCACAACAGCCUCCAUCACAUCAUCACUUAAUGCAACAGCAAUCAGCAGCUCAACAACAGCAGCAACAACAACAACAGGCAAAUAUUCAACAACAGCAACAACAAAAUUUUUAUCGUACCUUGCCACACAAUAGAGCGCACAAGCAGCAACAGUUUGCCAAUGCAAAUAACAAUAAUGGUAUGCGAUAUAGUUUAGAGGCAGAAUUUCUGCAGCAACGUUCAGGAACGCCAACAUCCUAUGACAAAUACAACAUACCAAAUGUACGUUUUACUGCUGAGGGAUAUCCACAAACUCAUUUAGUGCAGUAUCCUUCACCUCCGGAGGGUUACAAAAGUAAUACAGAUCAACAACAACAGCAACAACAAAUGCAUCAGCAGCAACAACAAUGGCCACCUUGUCUGCCGGGCUAUCAUGCCCAGCCCAUACACUAUACACCCACCAUAAUGGGUAUGUUAAGUCCACAGCAGCAACAACAACAGCAGCAACCACUUACCUCUAUAAAUACUACAACACCGUUAACUACCAAUACACCCCCAGUAACGACCAUGUCAUCGGCAUCAUCACAAACCAAUAUGGAUGCACAAAGAAAAAGAUGUGCGGUAGCACAGGCUGAUUCUUCAACCAUACCAGAAUGUGAUGAAACGGAUAUAUCACCAACUACAUCAUCACUUACAGUUAGUGUAACACAACAACAGCAAUUGCAGCAGCAACAAUCUCAACAGGAAACAACAUCUUGUUCUCUUAACUCAACAGAAAAAAAUACUAAAGCACGACAUUUAAAUGGUCCACUUGCCGACAGUCCCGAUGAGGGCUACGUGGGAGACAGUCAUGAAACGGCAGUGACGACAACAUCGUCGGCUCCAUCACAGGAAAUAUGACAACAGCCAUCACGUUUGCUUAAAGUAAAUGGUUCAAUAGGAUCUACUCUUAACACCACCCUUACUACUAACACCACCUCAAAAUCAUCAUCAUCAGCAGCCUCACCUACCAACUCGAGUAGUUUUUCACAUAAUAAUAGUGCCACCACACCUGCCUCUAACCACCUGAAAGCAACAACGCUAUCAUCCAGCAGAAAUGCAUCAAAUUCACUUUCCGACGAUUCAGUGGCGUUGUAAGCUUACUCUGUGCGUGUAUUGUAUUAAGAGUUUUUAAUUUAUGUUUAAGGGUUUUUUUCUUCGAUUUUCUUUUGGUAUCUAUUUUAAAGUUGAAAGUGAAAAAAUUAUAAGAAGAGUAAUAAGUAAAAGUUUUAGUUAAUUAAGAAAAUUGUUACCUUUUUGUGGGGGUAAUGAAAACGACUUUAAUUGCCUCAAAAUAGAAAUGUAAAGUCUAAAUGAAAAUUAAAGUGCAGUUUUUAUUAAUAAUAAUUUCUUUUAAAUUAAAUUUCUUUUUACAGGAGAAGCUCAGUGGUCAGUCUGUUGAAUAAGGGUUAUGGUUUAAUUACUAUUAAGUAGUUCUUUGAAUAUUUCAAUAUGAUUCUGAUAAAAGGUUAAUGUUAUACAUUUUUUAAUUUCUUUACUUGUGUGCCAAGGCUUUACAUAAGUUUGUUUGCUUACGCGUCUAUUUGUAGGUAAUUUGAGAGCAAUUUUUAAAGGUCUCUGAUAUUUACGGUAUCAGCACCGUUUAUCAUUAUAUCGAAUACGUUUCCGAAAGUUUUGCUCCAAGAUCCAUACUUUUGACAUUCCGAUAUUUAUGGACCAGCAAGAUCGGUUCAUAAAUAUCGGAAAUACUUAAUUAAGAAAUAAUUGAUAUAACACCGUCUUUUCAAGUGAUAAUUUUCUCAGAUAUUCUAAUUUUGUAUGGGAGGUGCCACGUCCACUAUUCCUAGGUCACCUAUUUUGCACCAAAAUGUUCAUAUGGAUGUAAAAUUUGUCCAUAAAAAAUUUGAGAACUCUAGAUUUUGCAGUUUCUGAGAUACGCGAUAUUUUAACUUAUUUUAUAAGUGGGUGUAACUCCUCCCCUACUUGAAUUUUGUAUAUAGUUCUUCCUGAGAAACAGGAAGACACUGCGUGAAUAUUUUUGUUUCAUUACUUAUACAACAUUGCCAACGUGAUGGUAUUACAUCCCUAAGGUACACAGAACUCUUAUCUGAUGGGGAGACAAUUUUGUUCAUAUUUAGUGACGCUAAAAAAGAAGCUUCAGCACAACUCCUAAAUGUAAAAAGUAUGAUUUUUUCAACGAGGAGCUUAAAGAACUCAAAAAUAGGAUAUGCAUUAGGGUGGACCCAAAAUCGAAAAUGUUGUUGUGCCUAGUUCAUUCUAUGAUACCAUUUCUCGUCCUAGCGUUAAUGAACUGGAUCGAUAAUUCUUACCAAGAAAAUCUUUACAAUCAAAUCAAUGUUUUUUUCUGUUUUUCAAAAUUUCAUCUGUUUUAUUUAUUUUAUUGAAAUUUAUUUUAUUGAAAUUUUCAAGAAAUCAUUUCUACUCAAUAUUGUGUUAGUUAUUUGAUUAAGAUCUACAUAAGAUGUAUAUCAUAAGCUUUUCAUUGGUAUAUACCUCUUUAUGAUUUGAUUAGAUUUCAUUGUAUAUCAGUUUAACUGAAAUACUAAUGAAAAAAUUUUCUUUGGAGAGUUGAGAAAUGAUGCCUUAGAAUGAACCAGGCUUCCAUGUUCAGUUAGAACAUCAAUACCUUAUUCUUUCUCCCUACACAAAGGGGCCACCCUAAUGCACAUAAUACUUACUAUAUAAAAGGUAACAAUUUUAUUUUCAUACUGAAUUUAUUGUCUUUUUUUCAUAGGAAAAAACUAUACGAUUCUCUUUUAUCUGUCGUAGUCAUAACAAAAGAUGUUAACAUUUAAAUUAAUAAAAAAAAUAUUUAAAACAAAAAAAGACCCUCAAGACUUAUAAAUUUAGUUUUUACUUUUAAUAAACGAGAUAUAAACAGAAUUUUUAAUACAAAAAGUAAAAAUAUAAGAACUACAUACAUGAAAUAGCACUAAAUAAAUGAAGACAAAAACAAAUAUGAAAAAAGUUGUAGAAUUUAUAUAGAAAUUAAUAAAAAUAAACUGUUUUGAAUUUAAGAUUACAAAAUUUCAACAAAAUAAAUUCAAAACUAAACAUUCAAUGAAAACUACAUUAUAAAAUUACUAUACUUAAUGAUUAAUUGUAAACAUACAUACAUAUUUAUAGACUUUUAGACGCACCCAAAAUGCAAUGUAAUGUAUACCAGAAAAAAAAUUUGUAAUUGAUUUUUUAUUUUAUUUUAAAGACUAGAAAUAUAAUUGUACUUAAUAAGGUUGUAUAUAAUAGAUUUAAGUUAACCCUAUAAUUUAGUUAGGUAGUACUAAUUUUAUUAUUGCAGUCUGAUUUUAAUUUUAUACUUUUAUUCAUAUACUUUAAAAAGUUUCUGUUAUAGGAGUUAAACAUAUACAAUAAUAGAUCGAUCGUCAUGCAAUUAGUUUUUUGUUUAUGUCAAAUUUCAAUACCAAAAUACUUGUUUUGGGAAGCUAAGUUCGAUUUUAUAAUUUCUGAAGAUAAAACAAGCUUUUACACCUAUUAUACCCUAUACCACCAUAGUGGGGAGGGCAUUAUGAGUUUUUGCUGAUGUUUGUAACACCCAAAUUAAAAUAUAUAUACCCGUCCUUUCGCCCGUCUGUCUGUGUGUCCAUGUAAACCUUUUGCGCACUCUACAGGUCGUAGACUGUACUUAAUAAUUCUAGGAAUUUUUGUGAAGAUCGGGCAUUAUUUGACCCAUAUACAAAGUCCCCUGCUAAAAAUUACUUGAAUGUUCACAAUUCAUUUAUAAGCACUAGUAUCAAAUAAGUUUUAUAUAAACAUAAAUUCCGAUUAUAAAUUUUAUAAUGAUCGGCCCAAGUUUUGCCCUAGCCCCCAUAUAACCGGACGUUCCGAUUUGGGCCUUUUAUAUCUACGCCAAUUAUACUGCUAUCUUCCCCAAAAAUUGGCACAACUAAGUUUAAUAUAAUCCUUAAUAACACUGUCAAUUUGAGUAAUGAUCGGGCCUCAUUUGACCCUAGCCCACAUACAAAUUCCCCUUCAGAAAAUGAUUUGAACGUUCAAAAUUCACUUGAAAAGACCAGUAUCACGAUGAAAUUUUAUAAGGCCGAACCUUAUAAAAUUUAUCGAUAAUAAAUUUUAUAAGGUUCGGCCAAAGUUUUGCCCUAGCACCCAUAUAACCGGACCUUCCGAUAUGGGACUCAUAACUACGUCAAAUAUACUACUAUCUUUCCAAACAUCGGCACAACUAAGUUUGAUAUAAUUAUAAAUAACACUGUAGAUUUUCGUAAUGAUCGGGCCUUAUUUGACCCUAGCCCCUAUACAUGACUUUAUUGUCCACAAUUCUCUUAUAAACACUAGUAUCACGAAGAAACUUGGCACAAAUAAGUUGCAUAUAAACAAUAUAAUUCUCAACAAUAAAUUUUAUAAGGAUCGGCUCAAUUUCUGCCCUAGCCCUCAUACAACCGGACCUUCCGAUUUGGGUAUUUUAUCUCUUAACUACAUCUUAUAUGCUACUAUCUAUCAAAAAAUCGGCAUAACUUUCAGAUGUUUGAAAAAUUCAAAAUUAUUUGUCCUUAAGUAUACCAGUCGGUUCAGAAUCAGUUUCUGAUUUGAUUUAGCUUUGUCUGUUUUUGUGACCGUGUAUAAUAUUACAUACAUAUAAUAUUCAUAUAGUCGGCCACGCCCGUCUAAAGUUUCUUACUUGUUUUCCGGGUUAUAUUUGAAUGGGGAUUGAGAUAAGAUUAUGAAGCAAUAUAGUCAAUUUCCAACAACAAGCUAACCUAUCAAUACAUAUUUUAACAAUUUGUUUACAAAGAAGUGAUUUUAUGGAAGAGGGGCUAUAUGAAGGUCUAUCAUUAUGAAGAUUAAAGUUAAAGUUAUUUAUGAACAAAUUUAUUUAUAAGUGAAUUAUAGAUCUUCAAGUCAUUUUCUGAAAAAGACUUUGUAUGGGGACUAGGGUCAAAAGAGACCCGAUUCUUAUGAAAGUCGUCAGUGUCAUAUUGAUAUAUGAAAAAUAAGGUUUUGCUAUUUAUACUAGAACAUUUCAAAUUAUGGACUUAAAAGCAUUAUUUGGUUGUAGGGUUGUAUAGGGGCUCAAUAGGCUUCGUAACGUUUGUGCCAAAUUUUAUCAAAUUAUCUUGAGAAUUGCGACCUGUAGCUAGAUUACAAGGUUUACAAGGACGGUCAGACGGACGGACAUGGCUAAAUCGAUUCAGAAUGACUCUGAGCCGAUUAGUACACUUAAAGGUGGUUGUAGAGCUAAUAUUUCUUUGCGUUACAUACAUCAGCACAAACUACUCUUCCCACUAUAGUCUCACUUGGGAAUUAUUCAACAGACUGACGGACAUGACUACAUUAUAUGGUAUUCUUUUGUGAGUCUAUCACCAAUAUUUCUUCUGGUAGAACAGACUGUAAGCAACUUCAUCUUGAUUUCAUUUUCUCAUUUUUGUCGAGACCAUAAAUGGUGUAAAUUGCCUGAAAUUUGGUGCAGUCAUUAGGCAAUCUAAUGGAUACCAAGAGAACGAGCUCAAAAGUUCCAAAGACAGUACUCAUAACAGAUUUAUGACCUUCAGUAUGGACUAAAAUCACGUUGUCUCGAAACUUAGUAUUCCCACUGAUUCGGAACUCUAAUCCUUGAUAAAAAUUUGCUCUUGAUACGAAAAAUUACAACUUCAAAAUUUUCAACUACAUUGAUUUAAUAAUAAGAAAUUAUAUUAUUUUGCAACGUACUAAGUACUAUAAAUAAAUGACUACCAUUUGUAUUUUUCUUUACAACAAUUGAUUUAUUCAUUUUCCUAAAAUUUGAUUUAAAAUUUUACAGCUUUUGUUUAUUAUUAUAAAUAUGUACUUACAAUCACUUUCAUAUAAAUAAAAAAAAAAACAUAAAUAAAUACAA